GACCGACUUCAUCAUUGUUCUUCUUCCUGUCCUUAGGGUCCCGUUUCUUUUUUAACUUUAUAUUUUCUUUUCCCUUCAACUCCGCCGCUUUCUUGACUCGGUGGAUGCGCAAUUCUUCAUCGAAACUGGUUACUCGAUCGGCUCACCCUAGUCAUUCCUUAUCGUGAAUAAUCAACGGUUGGCUUGCAUCUGCAUUCCAUUGACGUCGUCGCCGGGAAAAGUAACCCCGCAUUCAGCCCAUUCUCGACUCGACUCAAAUCAUACCCGCUCGGCCUAGAAACUCCACUCCGUCAUAGAAAUUCUCCUUAUACAUUCGGGAACCUUUUCCUGUCUUCGCUCCCAUCGCAAUGGAUGGCAUCGGGGAAGGCCCCGACGGCAUGGGCUUCGAUAUGCCCAUGCUCAUGAACCAGCAGCAGCAGUUCUUCGGCGGCUAUCCUCACGACACUUCGCCGAUCCCCUCCGCGCAUCAUAAUGCGGCGUUCCAGGAUGAUACCGCAAUGGGCAUGGGUGAUGAUAGCAAUGACGCCAAGAGAAGGAGAAUCGCAAGGGCUUGCGAUAUGUGCCGAAAGAAGAAAAUCAAAUGCGAUGGCAAGAUGCCCAAGUGCUCCCACUGCAUCAAUUACAAGACCGAUUGUGUCUUUACCCAGGUAGAGAAAAAGCGAAAUCCACCUAAAGGUGCCAAAUACAUCGAAGGCUUGGAAAAUCGAUUAGGGAGGAUGGAAUCGCUACUACGCCUUUCGGGCCUGCUGUCAGAGGAGGAUGGAGGAAAGACUGACCUUGGGACCUUAGAACGACGUCUUGCCGAUCGAUCUCUGGCGAACGGUGGUCUGAGUCUACCCAGAAGCCCAGGAAAAUUCAAUGCCUCCAACUCCAACAGCCAGUCUCAACAGGCCUCCUCGCAUCACUCUACCCCUCGGGUCGAAUCACAGUCAAGUCCGCACACAGCUCCCACGUCUCCGGAAUCGCCGAAGGAAUCUGAAAAUGAAGUCGAAGGUCUGUCGGAUAUGAUGUGUUCGCUUGUGACGAAUAACUGUGGAGAAACAAGAUACAUUGGAUCGUCGUCGGGAUUCUCGAUAUUCUCUCCGAAAGGCAUACAAUGGGUGAACGAGAAAACAGGCGACUCGUCAUUCCAGGACAUGAUUUCCUCCGCAUACAUCGAUGACAACAAGUGGAUGUAUUGGAAGCCUGAGAUCUUCAGCGAUAUAUUCGCCCGUCGAGUCUUCAAGCCGCUGCCUCCUAAAGAAGAGGCCAUGUCCCUCUUCCAGGACUUCUUCGCCAACUUCAAUUGCAUGUUUCCGCUUUUUCACGAACCAACUUUCAUGCACUUAGUAGAGCGGCAAUACUCUCGGGAUCCGUACGAAGGCUCCGGCUGGUGGGCUAGCAUCAACGUCGUGCUGGCAAUCGCGCACCGAAUCCGGGUCAUGAAUAAUCUGGUGCCACAAGAGGAAGACAAGAAGGCGUGGCUUUACCUGAAAAACGCAAUGGCCGUUCUAACUGAGCUCACGAUGCGGAACACGGAUCUGCUGAGCGUCCAGGCCUUGCUGGGAAUGUCACUCUUCUUGCAAGGUACCCCCAACCCACAACCAUCUUUCUUCCUUGUCGCGGCAGCGAUUCGGCUGUCCCACAGCAUAGGGUUGCACAAGCGCGGCUCGGGGUUCGGUUUGAAUCCCGUAGAAGUCGAACAACGAAAGCGGGUGUUCUGGAUUGCUUAUUUGCUGGAUAAAGAUUUAUGUCUCCGUUCCGGCCGUCCACCAGUUCAGGACGAUGAUGACAUGAACGUCGAAUUACCGAGUGAAGACCCCCCUGACAAUAUUGGCAAUGUGCCACUGUCAGAUGGAAAGAGCAAGUUCAACCUCUUCAGGUCGAUGUGUCGUUUUGCUACGAUUGGGAGUCGAGUAUACAAGCGACUAUAUUCGGCGAAGGCAUCGAAACAGUCGGAUGGGGAAUUGCUGAAUACGAUUGGAGAGCUUGACAAAGAACUCGAAGAGUGGAAGGACAGCAUACCACUUGACUUCCGCCCCGAGAACGAGAUCAAAGCAACUCAUACCCCGUUGAUCCUGCAUGUUGUCGUUCUCCACUUUGCUUAUUACAACUGCUUGACAACGAUCCACCGAAUGUCUGUUCAUCAUGGGUACUGGACAAGCCGUCUUUCCAACUAUGCCAUCCAAGGCCUCAAUGCCAGGCCCUUGAAUCCAAGGGUAUUCUUGUCAGCAGUCCUUUGCGUGACCGCUGCUCGAGCGUCCAUCAAUCUCAUCAAAUAUAUACCGCAAGGCGACUUUGCAUGUGUCUGGUUGAUACUAUAUUAUCCGGUCUCCGCAUUGGUCACCCUGUUCGCUAAUAUCCUCCAAAAUCCCAACGAUGCACGAGCGCGUUCUGAUGUGAAGCUGAUGAAUGUGGUGGUCAAUUUUCUGUCGACGCUGGUAUCCGAUGAAUCAAACGGAAGCAUCAAACGCAUGCUCACUCUCUGUGGCGAAUUUGAACGGAUCGCGCAGGUAGUCCUCGACAAGGCUGAGAGGGAGUCUCACUCGAAGAAAAAGCGCAAGGCCACUUCCGAUGAUCCUAAGAACGCGCAACAGCCACAACCAUCUAAUACAACCCAAUCCCCAACGACCCCCGCCACCAGAGCAUCAGAUGCGCCUUCCUCGGCCAGAACCGCAGUACCCCUUGCAUCGUCUUCGUUCCCGACGGCUCAGAAUAAUCAGCCCACGGGCAACUCACCCACUGCAGCACGCAACUUCGUUCCCGACCAAGCCUUCUCUGCAGCCGGUGGCGGUCUUCCCCCGAAUCUUCAGGAAACUAUACAUAGCCUUACAAACCUGGGCCCCGACUUUGAAAUGCUCAGCCCACACAACUUGGACGGCGUGCGAUUUGGCGAGCAGCCACCCUUUCCGACGGCCGCUGCCGACAACCCCCUUUCAUCCUUCCAGCAACCCUUCGUACCACAAGAUCUGUGGCAGAUGCCGAUGACCAUCGAAUGGGAUUGGGCCGACAUGUCGAACAAUUUUCCGGUCUUUGGUGACACCAGCGGCCCCAGUGGCGGGCCUCCGAACGAGUCAUGA